UAAAUAUGAAUGAUUAACUCAUUCUAGUUUCAUUUUGGGGUUUUGAUACCCUCGAGGCAGGCUGGUGGUGUUUAUCAGGAGCUCUGGUCCAUACCAUCCUGCUGGUGAGCUGCAUAGACCCUGGAGAGAACUAAUACCAAACGGGUGCUGAGGCCCUCAUUGAUGGAAGAGUUUCAGGCCAGAAUCCCAUCAGAUAAAGAAAACAAUGCUCAGGAUGAAGAGUCAGCAUAUGAGGAAGGUGAUGUUCAAGAUGAAGAGGUGCCCCAUGAGGAAGAGGACACUUUGGAUGAGGAAGAAAUAGCUUUGGAAGACUUUGAAAAGAUGAAAGAAGAGCUAGAAGAAUGUAUCCAAAAGCUCCAUGCCAUGGCAGAUGAAGUUGACAAGACCCACAAGAAUUGUACCAUUGCCAAGGUAGUGUCUAAUUCUACUGGUAUUGUCUCUGGGGUCCUGACCAUCCUUGGAAUUGCUCUAGUGCCUGUCACAUUAGGUGGGAGUUUAGGGCUCACAAUAGCUGGUGUGAGCCUGGGGUCAGCAUCUGGCAUCACCAACCUCCUGUCCAAUGGUAUUGACCAUAUCAAAGGUUCAAGGAUGAAAAAGAGAGUGAAGCACAUGAUGGCGGCCUACAAAGGGAAGUUGCCUCUUCAGCAGCAGUCUAUGAUCGAUCAAAGUGAAGAGAGAGAAGUUGUUGGAAAGAUAGUAAGGAAAGGGACUUCUGUGUGUGUGGAUUUAGUCAGUAAGAUCAAAAAGGACAUCAUCCCCCUCACCAAAGCCAGGUCUGGCAUAGCAUCUGUCACUGAGAGGAUUGGAGUUUCUGGGAGCACCAGCGUCAAGGCCAGCAAGGCUGUGCAGAGUGCCCUUGGAGGCACAGUCGUGGGCAUGACCAAAGGAAUCAAGGUGUUUGGAAUAGUAACAGGGAGUGUUGGUAUACUAAUGGACACCUACUUUCUCAUAAAGGAAUCUAGGCACUUGUUGAAAGGAUCCAAGGCCAAGACGGCCAAUGAACUGAGGCAGGCUGCACAGAGCUUGGAGGAGAGCCUCGAGAAGCUCUGUAAGCAACACGAGGCUGCUGGAGGGCAGUGAGGGUUUGCAAUUUGUCAGCCAGGCCACCCACCUCCUGGCCUUCACUCUAGGGCCUUCUUCAACACACCAGAGACUUUUCAAAGGCUAGGCCCAAACUCAAUGAAAUUAGUUCAAUCCUGUCCUCUACACUGGAGUCCCCUCCCCACUUAUGUUGUUGCCAAGGUGCUAGUCUUGGAUUAUUCCCAACACCUGGAGUAUUCACAUAUUACCACUUGGAGCUGUGAAUCCAGGUGAUACCAUGCUGACUGGAUCUAUGACCAAUUUAUGUAGCAUAAUUUCAUCUUGAUCCUCGCUGCAGCAAGGCAGGCAAUCCUUUUAGACAUCCCUAAGGGGUUCAUCUCCUGUUCACCACAGGGGAUGUUCCAAACCUUUCCAUCUUUUCUCAAGCCUUCUACAGCAUGCCUCCUUUCAGCUGAGGAUCAAACUUCAUGCUUCACUGAAAGAAAUUAUGAUCAUUUCCCAAGAGCCACUGCUGAUCUCACAUCUCCCAGGUGUGUUCUGCAACUGCCUUCUCCUUCAUCCCUAUUUUGUGGGAAGAGGUGACUCUUCUCCUUGCCAAAGCUUGCUCUUCUCUCCAUUCACACUUGCUCCUAUUCUAUUCCAGCAGAUUGCCCUUCUAUCAUAUCCACUCUCUAAUCUUCAAAAUCUUUCUUUCUGUUGGCUGCUUCCUAAAACACAGCCAAGUCUUCUUCUCCUUAAGAUCCUCAUGAGAUCCUGCAUCCCUAGCAGUUAUUGUCUCCUCUAGCUAUGUCUAUCCUGGAGGAAGCCCUCUACACUCAGUGCCUCCACUUCCUCCCCCUUCACUCUUCUCUAAACUCUGCAGACUGGCUUCUGUCCUCAUUCUCUCCAAAGUUGUUGCUGAUGCAUUUGCCAAAUCUAAUGACAUUUUCUCAAUUCUCAUUCUUCUCUGCAGGCAACCUUUGAUGUCCUCUGCUGACUAUUGUCUCCUGAUGCUGCUUCAUGGCAAUGCUGCCCUCUACUUGUGUGCCUACCUGACUGACCCCAACUUCUCAGUCUCCUUUGCGGGGUCUUCAUCCAGGUCAUGUUCUGUCCUGAGCCACCUCCUCUCUUCUCCUUUAUUUUCUCUUCUUUCCUUUCUCCUCCUCCUCCUCCUCUUCUCUUCUCCCCUCCACUAUCAGAGUUUGGGAUCUCAUCAACUCCCAUGAGUUUAGCUAUCAUCUCAAUGUAAAUAAUCUCCCGCUCUAACCCCUGUCCUGAGCUUCAGACCAAAUCACCAACUGCCUAUUGGACAUCUCAAACAAAAAGUUCUGUAGACACCUCAAAUUCAACAUAGCCAAAAGUACUAGAACUCAUUGCUUCUCCCCUCAAAUUCUCCUUCUGUUUUUCCCUUUUACUGUCAAGGACAAAAUUGCCUUCCCAGGCUCACAGGCUUAGUGCCCUUCUUGACUCCUCAUUUCUACUUUCUCCCUAUUUCUUGUAUAUACCACCUUCUCUCCAUUUACACAGCUCUCCACCCUGUCACAGGCCCUCACCAUUUCUCACCUGGGCUGUUGCAGAUUUUACAUUUUCUUUCAUCUGUAAACAGAUCUGUUCAUUCUUUAAGCCUUUGGAAUAUGCCAUAUUCUGCCAUUAGAUAUUGUCUUCUAAGACAUCAUAUGUUACAGCUAAAAAGAUCUGAAGCUUGAGGCUUUUGCUUCUGUAAGAUGUUCCAUAUUCCACUUGGAUAAUUUGGUAUCGACUGAGUAUUCAUUAUGAGGGACACUUAAUUUAGGAUAUGGUAUAAUGGGCAUAUGGGAUAGCUACUCUCUACGUAGCAUUUUUCACCUCUCGUAUGGGUAUGUGGACAAGUUUUCCCUUUCAAUUCUGUAUUUUUAUGAAAUUGGAUGCUAAAUCGUUUGGAGCAUUUAAGUUGAAUAGUGAUACUGUCUGUUUCUAUGUUUUCUUUCACCACAUCGUUGUUUCCUUCUUUAAACCUUUUAAUAUUUUGAGUAUUUGUUCUUAUUUGGUCCAAUAGUAUGAGUGCAACUCGUGCUUCUUUGGAUUUAUUUAAUACAUAGUACUUUUUUCCCAUUCGUCAUUUUUAUUCUGUAUAUGUCUGCUUUUUAAAUAUGUUUCUUGUAAGCAACAAAUUAUGGGUUUUUCCUUAUCUUGUGUUGGAUUUUAAAUACAAUUUACAUUUAAAGUUGUGAAAGUUUUGUGUUUUACAUAAAGUUUUAUAUUUUCCUCCAUUUGAACUUAAUAUUGUUUUUUUUAAGAUUUGAUUUUUUUUACCUCUUCUACUGUAAACACUGUACUAUAUCUCCUCAGUUAUUUUAAUUUAGUCAUUUUAGUAUGUGCUGCUGAAGCAAGCACUUAGCUUAGUCUUUUUAAAGGUGCCUCUGUUCCCGCCAAUCUCUUACCCUUAUACUCAACACCUAUCUCUGUCCGUUAGUUGCCCCUUUUCCCUGGUUUUGGAGUUCUGCCUAGUUCCCUUUUCCUUGCUUAGCUUUUAUCUGGUUAUUUCAUUCUCUUCCCCACCCCUCCUUUUUUUCCUUCAAAAGUAGCCAAGUAAAAUACCCUCUCCUCUCCUCUCUAUCAGUGUAUUUUGUUUAUCCAUUUUUAAAAUGUCAUUUUCUGAGAUUAAAAAAUGGGAUAGAACAUGUUUCUACAAAAAUAUUUAUAGCUGUGUUUUUUGGGGGUGGCAAAGAAGUGGAAACUAAAGGAAUGUCCCUCGAUUGGGGGAAUGGCUAAACAAAUUAUGGUCUAUGAUGGUGAUGGAAUACUAUUAUGCUGUGAGGAAGGAUGAACAGGAUGAUUUCAGAAAGACCUACAUGACCUGAUGCAGAGUGAAAUGAGCAGAACCAGGAGAACAUUGUACACAGUAACUACAAUAUUGUGGAAUGCUCAGAUGUGAUAGACUUUGUUACUAUCAGCAAUACAAUGAUCCAAAAUAAUCCUGAGGGACUUAGGAAAAAGAAUGCUCUCCACCGCCAGAGAAAGAACUGUUGGAAUCAGAAUGCAGAUGGAAGAAUAUGAUUUAUCACUUGUUUUUGGGGGGUUAUGAUUUGGGGUUUUGGUUUUUUAUAAGAUCACUCACUUACCAAAAUAAAUAAUAUAGAAAUAUAUUUUACAUGAUACUACAUAUAUAACCCAGAUCAAAUUGUUUGUCAACUCUGGGAGGGGGAAGGGAAGAAGAGAGGGAGAUAAUUUGAAUCAUACAAUUUUGGAAAACUU